AUGGCUCAGAGUAACAACAUCAAAAAACGGAUGUUCGAAGGCGAAGAACCAGUUCAUGAUCAAGCAGGAGCAGAAAAUAAAGAUCAAGAGAAAAUCGAGGUGACCUUUGAAUUCUGCGAUCUGAAUCCGAUCGAUUACCAUGCGAUCAAACAUUUAAUCUCUCAAUUAUUCCGAAUUGCUCGACCCAAAUCCUCCACAAAUCUGGCACCAACAAGUAACCCGACACCGCCCUCGAAAGCAGCGUUGAAACCGGUCCUGGAGGAUCUGGAUGUCGGAGAAUUGGCCGACUUGGUACUCAGUGAUCAGAAAGAAUGGGUCGGUUGUACGGUCAAAUGUGAUGAGGAAGACCCCGACCCAUACGCAUUUAUUAGCGUCUUGGAUCUGAAAGCAUAUCAGGACAAGAAAUCCAUCCUUACACUUACCAAUUACCUCACCUCCGCCUUAGCCUCAUCGAACCCAUCACCAGCACAAGCCGAUGAAUUACUCAAGGUCUUGAAAGAGUCACUACAGCCUGAAGGAUCGGGGAUUGGGCUAGUACUCAGCGAAAGAUUGAUUAAUGUACCAGUAUACAUCAUGCCUCAACUAUUCACACAGCUCGGGAAUGAAAUCAAACACGCCCAAUCAAAGAAUGCACCAGGUUUCAAGUUUGAUCGAUUGUUAAUCCCUUCACGAGUAUUCACAUUGUCUCCGAACCAAGAUCCCAGUCAAGACGUCAACCCUACCUUCGAUUCUAACACCUCCACCAACAACAACGUACAGAAACCCAAGAAGAACAAGACUGAUGCAAAUUUGAAUCCGGAUGAUCCCGAUCAAGUUGGUCUUUACCAUCCAGAGGAUCAAAUAAUCUCUCAAUUUGCAUCACAUACGGUUCAUUUCAGCUUACCGAAAUCAAAGGAAGCACGCAAAGGAGGAGUCGAUGAAGAGUUCGGGGUCGAUCAACAAGGUCGAUUGAUGCUGAUCGAGCUUUCUAAAUGGGAUCAAAUGGUCGCUGCCCUCAAAGAAUACAUCGGGGAUCCCGAUCAAAUGUGUACUUCAUGA